ACUGGGGAGGUAAGCUAGCAGCUCCUCCUUGCACAUGCAGAGCUGAGCUGGCAGCAACCAGACAGGAGGAGGGAGAGAGAGAGACCAGGGAGGAAAAUUCAAGGGACUCCUGUGCGGGGCAGCAUGGCAGAAGAUCUCCAGUUAGAGACAUGGGACCUGGAAUGCGAGCGCAACAAUCGGGACCACCGGACAUCUGAAACAGGCAGCCAGCAGCUCAUCGUACGCAGGGGGCAGCCCUUCACCAUUACUCUGUACUUUACUGGGAGGGCCUAUGAGGAAGGAGUGGACAAGCUCACAUUCUACGUUGAGACAGGACCUUGCCCCAUUGAGACAUCAGGGACCAGGUCUCACUUUCCUCUUUCCUGCACCCUGGAAGGGGCAGCCUGGAGCUCAGCUGUAGAAUGCCAGGAUGGAACCUCCCUGAGCGUGUCCAUCGUCUCCCCUCCUGAUGCCAGGAUUGGCCGGUACCACCUGACCAUGGAUGCUUCCACAGAUCAUCAGGGCUCCAGCGUCAGCCUUGGGGAAUUUGUCUUGCUCUUUAACCCUUGGUGUCCAGCGGAUUCUGUCUUUCUGGAGAGCGAAGAGGAGCGCGUUGAAUACGUCUUGACCCAGCACGGCCAUAUCUACCAGGGAUCAAAGGAUUACAUCUAUUCCAUCCCAUGGAACUUUGGGCAGUUUGAAGAUGACAUUGUGGACAUCUGCCUCCAGCUUCUGGACACCAACCCCAAGUUCCUGCGCAACCAGGACCAAGACUGCUCCCGCCGCAACAGCCCUAUCUACGUAAGCAGGGUGGUGAGCGCUAUGGUAAAUUGUAACGAUGACCAAGGCAUCCUGCUAGGGCGCUGGGACAACCAGUAUGGUGAUGGAGUGAGCCCCAUGGCCUGGAAUGGGAGUGUGGACAUCCUCCAGAGGUGGCAGAAGUAUGGGUGCCAGCCGGUCCGAUAUGGGCAGUGCUGGGUCUUUGCCGCUGUGGCCUGCACAGUGUUGAGGGGCUUGGGAAUCCCCACUCGCGUGGUCACCAACUACAACUCCGCCCACGACACCAACGGCAACUUGGUCAUAGAGCAGUAUUUAGACGAGAACGGGAAACUGCAGCAAGGGAACCGUGAACUCAUCUGGAAUUAUCACUGCUGGGUGGAAUCCUGGAUGACCCGGCCAGAUCUUCUGGGUGGAUAUGAUGGCUGGCAGGCUUUGGACCCAACUCCCCAGGAAAAAAGUGAAGGAGUUUACUGCUGUGGGCCUUGCCCGGUGAAAGCUGUCAAGGAAGGAGACUUGCAGCUGAAGUACGACAUUAAGUUUGUUUUUGCUGAGGUCAAUGCGGACGUUGCGUAUUUGAUGCUCCAGAGUGACAUGUCCCGGAAGAAGACCAUGUACACUACUGUCGUGGGCAAGAACAUCAGCACCAAGAGCGUGGGCAAAGAUGCCAAGGAGGAUAUCACACAUCACUACAAGUACCGCGAAGACUCGGAGGAAGAGAGGGCCGUGUUUGAAAAGGCGAAGCACAAGAAGGUCUAUCCGCCAGCAGAGGAGGGCUUGAAAAUCAAGAUCAAAGUAUCUGAAGGGAUGAACAACGGAUGUGACUUUGAUGUCUUUGCUGUCAUCAACAACAACACAGACAGCGAGCGGCGGUGCCGGCUGAUGUUUGGCGCCCGCACCGUCAGCUACAAUGGGACGCUGGGGCCAGAAUGUGGCUGCAAAGACCUGCUGAAUGUCAGCCUGGAACCAUAUGCAGAAAAGGUCGUCCCCUUGCGCAUUCUGUAUGAGAAGUAUGGUGACUGCCUGACUCAGGACAACAUGAUUAAAGUGAUGGCCCUCCUGAAGGAAUAUGAGACCAACGAGAUCGUCCUCUCUGUCAGGGACAUCUAUGUCAAAAACCCGGAUAUCAAAGUCAGGAUCUUGGGGGAGCCAAUCCAGAAGCGCAAACUGGUGGCAGAGCUCACGCUUACCAACCCCCUCCCAACCCCGCUGACUGGCUGCCUCUUUGCUGUGGAAGGGGCUGGUCUCACGGAAGGACAGAAGAUCCAGGAACUGGAUUGCCCCAUCGGGCCGGGUGAGGAUGCCAAAGUGAGGGUGGACUUCGUGCCUCGCCAGUCGGGCUUGCGGAAGCUGGUGGUGGAUUUUGAGAGCGACAAGCUGAAGGGGGUGAAGGGCUAUCGGAAUGUCAUCAUUGCCCCCCUGCGCAAAUGAAGCCCCCGUGAAGGGAAGAGGUUUGCUUCGCUGGCCCUGCCCGAAUCUAUUGCAUAAGACUCCUGUGCAGAAAGAGGGACAAUUGUAGCAGCAAAGGGGACCUCAGGGUGCUUUGCAAUAAAUGCCCCCACACACACACACACACUCAAAUGUGGCACUCUUGCAAGUGGCCACAUUUCUGUACCCCAAAUGCUUCCUUUCUAAUGUUUAUCAGGGAGCAGAAAUUGGUGAUUCGUUUAUGUGCAGAGCUCUCUCCCCCCCCCCCCCAGCCAGAUCCCUUCGUGGCCUUAUCAAGACACACCGCCAAAAUGAGAUAUGAUCCAAAGACCACUCCAGGCUGGAGUUCAAGCAGGUAAUUUUUGAGUGCUCAUUCAUGCAAAAAACAAUAACAUGCACAGGAAGGCGGGCAUGCAUGCGCACACAAAGUUCCAAAAUUCCCUGCAAGGCUUAUUUUCUGUUUGUGGGGAAAUUAUUUACAUUGGGAAGCAAUAAUGAGUGUGACAGCCCCUCUCAUUCCUCCCAACUCCUACAGUCGGAAGUGGAACGGUCCACUCUGCCACCUCAUUCCUCCCUCAAUCUGCCACAUGUGUAGGCCGGGACAUCCCAUUUGGAUAUUGAGAAGGUGGCUCCUCUUGCCCAGAAAUGGGUGGCCCUUAAUAUCCACCUGUCUGUGGCUCUCUUAAAAUGUGAUAUGUCCUUCCGCAAAACACUUCUGCUGGAGAAGGAGGAGGGGAAGGCACAAAGUUUAUAAGCUGCUUAUUACAUCAUGCCAAAAUAAAAAAAAUAGAACUCUAGAUACCAGCAGCCGUCAGAACUGUAUGACACUAUUUUAAGGACAUAAGAAGAGCCUGAUUGCUGCAUCUGGUCAACGGGGACCCAUCUGGUCCAGCAUCCUGAGGACAACAGCAACUCUCUGUUGCAGUGUCCAGCAACUGACAUUCAGAAGCAUGCUGCCUCCGACGAUGGAGACAGAGCAAGCCAUCAUGGCUAGUAGCCUUUGAAAGAACGGCCCAUCCAGUUCAGCCUCCUGUUCUCACAGUGGCCAGCCAGAUACCCGUUAUGGGAAGCCCGUGAGCAGGGCCUGAGCUCAGCAGCACUCGCCCUUCCUUCGGUUUCCAGCAACUGACAUUCAGGUUUGCUACCGUGGAAGCAGAGCAUAGCCAACAUGGCUAGUAGCCGUUGAUAGCCUUAUCCUCCAUGAAUGUAUCUAAUCCUCUUUCACAUAUACGCUCAUGGGGUCUGAACUGGCGGUGACCGACCAGGAGAGAGACCUCGGGGUUGUAGUGGACAGCACGAUGAAAAUGUCGACCCAGUGUGCGGCAGCUGUGAAAAAGGCAAAUUCCAUGCUAGCGAUAAUUAGGAAAGGUAUUGAAAAUAAAACAGCCGAUCUCAUAAUGCCGUUGUAUAAAUCUAUGGUGCGGCCGCAUUUGGAAUACUGUGUACAGUUCUGGUCGCCUCAUCUCAGAAAGGAUAUUAUAGAGUUGGAAAAGGUUCAGAAGAGGGCAACCAGAAUGAUCAAGGGGAUGGAGCGACUCCCUUACGAGGAAAGGUUGCAGCAUUUGGGGCUUUUUAGUUUAGAGAAAAGGCGGGUCAGAGGAGACAUGAUAGAAGUGUAUAAAAUUAUGCAUGGCAUUGAGAAAGUGGAUAGAGAAAAGUUCUUCUCCCUCUCUCAUAAUACUAGAACUCGUGGACAUUCAAAGAAGCUGAAUGUUGGAAGAUUCAGGACAGACAAAAGGAAAUACUUCUUUACUCGGCGCAUAGUUAAACUAUGGAAUUUGCUCCCACAAGACGCAGUAAUGGCCACCAACUUGGACGGCUUUAAAAGAAGAUUAGACAAAUUCAUGGAGGACAGGGCUAUCAAUGGCUACUAGCCGUGAUGGCUGUGCUGUGCCACCCUAGUCAGAGGCAGCAUGCUUCUGAAAACCAGUUGCCGGAAGCCUGAGGAGGGGAGAGUGUUCUUGCACUCGGGUCCUGCUUGCGGGCUUCCCCCAGGCACCUGGUUGGCCACUGUGAGAACAGGAUGCUGGACUAGAUGGGCCACUGGCCUGAUCCAGCAGGCUCUUCUUAUGUUCUUAUGUUAAGGCCAUCUUGUAGGCUGUUGACACAACUGAGACAAUCCUUACCUUAAAAGCACGAUUUCCUAUGUGUGGAGUUGUCAACAUGUGGAAAUGGUUUGGGGCAACCUUCAGCUGGGGGUCCUUCCCUUUGAACUGGCCUUGAGCGUCCAAGGGAAUUUAGCACGGGAGGGGGCACAGAGGACCCCCAUCCCUACACACUGUUUCUUAUGUGGCUGCUUAAAUGCUGUUCUGGAAAGAUGGCCAGGCAUUCCUUAAGUGACAGGGAUGUCUCUAGUUCCAAAACUACCUACCCCCCAAAACACAAAAUUGGUGUCUUAUGAUGUUAGGGCUCCCCUGGUCCCGUGGCAUGUAUUUAUUAUUUUAUGUAUUUAUUUUUAAAACUUAUAUACCGCCCGACUAGCAAUAGCUCUCUGGGCGGUGAACAUACAUACAAUAAAAUACAAUAUAAUACAAAAACAUCAGUCUAAAAUCAAAUUUCACAAUCUAAAAACAGCAAAGGCUAAAAUCAAAUUACAAACAUUACAGUCAUUAACAAAAAAUUAAAAUGCCUCGGAGUAGAGAAAGGUUUUAACCUGGCGCCGAAAGGAUGAUAGUGUCGGCGCCAGGCGAACCUCCUCGGGGAGACUAUUCCAUAGUUCGGGGGCCACCACUGAGAAGGCCCUUGAUCUUGUCACUGCCCUCCGGGCCUCCCUAUGAGUCGGGACCCGGAAGAGGGCCUUCGUAGCAGACCGUAGUGUACGAGCCGGUUCAUAGCGGGAGAGGCGUUCCGACAGAUAUUGAGGUCCCGCGCCGUAUAAGGCUUUAUAGGUUAAUACCAACACUUUGAAUUUGGCCCGGAAGCGUAUUGGAAGCCAGUGCAAGCGGGCCAAAACAGGUGUUAUAUGGUCAGACCGCUUCGUUCUUGUUAGCAGUCUGGCCGCCGCAUUUUGCACCAGCUGUAGCUUCCGAACCGUCUUCAGAGGUAGCCCUACAUAGAGCGCAUUACAGUAAUCCAAACGUGAGGUUACCAGAGCAUGUACUACUGAUGUAAGAUCCUCCUUACUCAGGUAGGGACGUAGCUGGGCUACCAAUCGAAGUUGGUAGAACGCAUUCUCUUUCUCUCUCUGUGUGUGCAGUCUUUGGGCUAUGUUUAUACAAAAAUGCUGAUCUCACAUCUGCUGAGCGGCUAUGGUGUCUCCCAAGGAACCCAGGCACUGUUGUUUUGUGAGGUGCCUGAAAACCUCCUCCUAGAAAUAAACCUAGGAACACAGGAAUAUCAGGAAAAACAUCCUAACUAUUAGAGCCGUACGGCAACGGAACCAAUGACCUAGAGAGGUAGUGGGCUCUCCGACACUGGAGGCCUUCAAGAGGCAGCUGGACAGCCAUCUGUCGGGAAUGGUUUGAUUUGGAUUCCUGCAUUGAGCAGGGGGUUGGACUCGAUGCCCUUAUAGGCCCCUUCCAACUCUACUAUUCUAUGAUUCUAUGAAUCUGCCUUCUCCUGAGUCAGACCACUGGUCCAUCUAGCUCAGUGUCACCUACUCUGACAGGCAGCAGCUCUCCAAGGCUCCAGGCAGGGAGCCUUCCCCAGCCCAACCUAGACAUGGUGCCAUUGGGGAUUGAACCUGGGGCCUUCCGCCUGGCCAGCAGAGGCUCUCCCACUGCGGUACGGGCCCUCCCACAUGACAUGAGGCAAGAGGAGGCCAGCUCAGCCAUGCUGACUGUGAGGCAGGCAUCUGGGCCUUUGGUCAUGGCUUUUCAUUCUUUGCACCUCUUUGCAAUAAGGACCAGAAGCUGUCUCAUGACUGAGCAACACGGAGAGAGAGAGAGAAAGAGAGAGAGAGAGAGCACAACAUUAAGAGUAGGCUGGAGAAAAGGUGACCUCAAAAUAACUCGAACUGGCUUAGAAAAUUAGCUUUUUCAAUCAGGAAUGUCAUUCGAAUUUGCUUAGUUUGGGGCCACUGGGGGCCAAGUCGUGAGUGCUUGCUUUCUCUGACAACCGUGACGCUUCCAGCCUGUUUCAUGUCUGAAACAAUGCCAGGCAGGAUCUGGUUGAGAGGAGGAAGGAGGCACAUACAGAUGUCAAAGCCCCUCAUUCCCCCAGCCAGGGCUGCCUGCCACACCAGCUCUUCCCUGGGCUUCAGAGCAUCCACCCUGACACUUUUCCAUCCUUGGCCAUCUUGAAGUACAGUAAAGACAGAAGCAAUUUCCUGGUGGAGAUUCUGCUGGACCCAGCGCUCUGCGCGAGGGGCUCUUAGGUUCCACUUCCAGUGCAUCCACACAUUUGUUAAGAAGGCCACACACACUACUGACCUGAGCCACAAAAAAUCCGUAGGUCUUUCCAAACCAGCCACAGAGACUGGCUUCUCUGGCUCCUUUUAAUCCCUCGCCAGAAGUUCCCCAUUCUCUUGCAUACUGCUAAGAAAUAGUUUUUGGAUUACUGUUUUAGAGCCAGCCUGAGAAAGGGCUCAAUAAUGUGAGCAAUAUACAUGUACAUAGAUAUAUAUAUUUGUAUGCCAUGAUGCUGUUCCUAAUCUUGAAUGUACGGAGAGAGUGGUUUACUUGCUUUCUUAGCCAUUUCUUGCUAACGUCCAUCACAAAUACUGUGUUCUUAGAGCCAGUUGGGUGUUAUACUGACGGGAAUGAACUAUGCAAUCACUGAAUAAAGAGUUUUAUUUUUCACCUUCAA